CAAUAUUAAUGGCUCUUAAUUACGAGGACCGAGACACAUUGUUCAACUUCGUGGUGAAAGAAGGUAAUGGCAUUAAGGGUCUGAUAGACUCUGGCAUGUCUUGUGUUCCACAGCCUUUCGUCCAACCGCUCUCUGAGCGAAUCGCGACUCCAAACGCCCAAACGUGUGAAGCUGUCCAGCCAAUAGAUCUUUCCGAGCUAGAUGGUCCAGGCCACAAGGAGGUGGCCAAACAAAUCGUUGAAGCUGCCGAGACGCUUGGCUUCUUCCAGGUGGUGAACCAUGGUGUUUCGGUGGAGCUUCUUGAAUUGCUGAAAACGUCAGCUCAUGAGUUUUUCGAACAACCUCCUGAGAACAAAGCGGUUUAUCUAAAAGAAGUGAGUCCAAGCAACCUAGUUAAGUACGGGACGAGCUUCGUGCCAGAGAAAGAGAAGGCAAUUGAGUGGAAAGAUUAUGUGAGUAUGCGUUACACUAAUGACGAUGAGGCUCUUCAAAACUGGCCUCAACAAUGCAGAGAGGUGGCACUUGAUUUCCUAAAAUCCUCCAUGGCAAUGGUGAAAAGAAUAGUUGAAGUUUUGUUGGAGGAUGUAGGAGUGAUCCUAGAAGAGGAGAGAAUAAACGGUUUGAUGGGGACCAAGAUGGUCAACAUGAACUACUACCCAACAUGUCCUAGCCCCGAGCUGACUAUUGGCGUCGGUCGUCACUCCGACAUGGGGAUGUUGACGGUUCUAUUACAAGAUGGCAUUGGUGGUCUCUACGUUAAACUAGACAACGGUGAUUGGGCUGAGAUCCCUCCUCUCCAUGGAGCCUUAGUCAUCAAUGUUGGCGAUACUUUGCAGAUUCUAAGCAAUGGGAAGUAUAAAAGUGCGGAGCAUAGGGUUCGAACCACAGACAUUGGAUCGAGAGUCUCUGUGCCCAUUUUCACGGCACCUAAGCCCUCGGAGAAGAUCGGCCCGUUGCCGGAAGUGGUGGAACGUGACGGGGUUGCUCGUUACAAAGAGGUGUUAUUUCAAGACUACAUGAACAAUUUCUUCAGCAACCCACACGAUGGCAAGAAAUCUCUAGACUUUGCUCGUGCCGAUUGAAACAUUAUCACUCUUACCAGUUUCGACGUGCCAAAUUAACCACAGUUCGCGACGAUUUGUUUCCUUUUUAUGUUUGUUCGAUCCCAAUAAAAUAAAAAGCCUUCUUGUUUGUAUUCCAUAAAAGUAUAAAACGUACGUGAUCCAACUUAUUCCAUGAGCAUGGUUAACAGUGUCGAUCUUGAGAUAUUCAUGGUCCAAUACGAA